AUGAGAUUCUACUCUGCUCUUUUUAUCGGCUCGGCCAUGGCCCUCCCCGGCUCUGUGCCGUCGGUUCCUGAGUCAAAGCCCAUGCCUGACAUCGCGCGCAUCAUGUCUGUCCCUCAAGAUAGCUUCGAGAGCUUCAAGGUCGGUGGCCUGAAAAGAGAAAAUGCUACCUUGCACUCCAACGUUGCCCGCGACGAUGCACCCAAGUGGGAGUGCAGCAAGAGUCCCAUCCUGACAUGGGGAGACCAUGACGACGGUGGCCGUGGUGUCACCAUUACCAACGCCGGCGACGACUGGCGUGGCUUCUACAUCUACCACAACAGCUGCGACCAGGUCCCUUGGAAGUACAUCUGGAUCGAGAAGGGCAAGACGCAGUUCGUGUCGUUUCCUGAGCGCUUCGAGGGUCGCAUUCAGCGCGGUGUUGAUCAGUACAUGCUCAACGGUCAGGCUCAGCCUCUCGGCUCGUGGCUCGAGAUCAGCUGGGACAAGUACAAUGUAGGAUGGGCCGAUGUCUCGCUGAUCCGCGGCUGCGAUGGCGCUGCUCUGACGUGGUCGCUGGACGGCAUCGACAAGUGGAAGGGUUUCACGCAGUGGAUUCUGGAUGGCGCCCCGACUGGUGCCUACGACAAGAAGAAUGACGGCCAGUGGGUGAUUAAGGCGACCGAGGGUGUGAAUGCCGUUGUCAACACGAUUCCCCGCGAUUGGGUCAUGGAAAGGGUUGGCGCGCAGUACGUCUAUGUUGAUGAUGACCACGGUGGUCCCGUCAUCUCAUCCAACAAUGCCAGAUUUGGAAGCUACUGGCCUGAGGGUCGUGCUUAG